GACGCGUUUGUCCUUGUACUCCCGCUCACUCCUCGACUCGGACCACUGCCAGCCAUGGCCGACGUACGCUAUGCAUACGGGACAGAAGUCUACGUAGUGCGCGCGUGCUACCAUGAAGACGGUACCGAUCUACUGGCUGUAGGAGGCGCGCACUCGGUAGAGGUCCUGGUAGUGACCCAAGGCUCGUGCAAGAGCAUUGCGAACUUCCAUAUUGGCACACGCAUCACCGCGCUAGCGUGGUCAUCCAAAGUCACCUCGCCUUCCGUUAGCGACGUUUGGUCGAUCGAGCUUUCAGCAGCUGGCGCCGACCGCGAACUCUUCAUCCUGUCAAAAUCCUCUGCCGACGACGAGCAUGUCUUCCAAUUCGGCGGGGGCAUGACCGGCCACCACGGCAAAAUCAACGACAUGACGUUCUGCGGAGGACACGGAGAAGAGAGCUCAAGAUAUGUGGCAACGGUAUCCGACGACAAACUCCUCAUGGUCUGGGACCUCAAUCCCUCAAUCAACAUCGCCUCCCCCCACUCUCCAAUAGACGAAGAUAGUUCCUCUCGCCGCCCCCAACCUACCGUAUAUGUCGUCGCCUUUCCACACCCUCUCACGUCCGUCAAUUCGCAUCCGACCACGAGCAAGGAGCUGCUCGUGUCGGACUGCCGCGGCUCGAUCUUCCUUACGGACUGGCGGACCGAAUGGGAGGAAGACGAGCACGACGCUUGGAGAAACUCAAACGUCGUCGAACUCGUCGAGCCACGCGCCUUGGCAAGCCCUGUCAUCGGGGUGAAGUCUAAGUGGACAGGGUCCGUGUCCUGGCGGCGAGACUCAGUGGAUACCGUUGGCGCCGUCUACGGCUCAAGGUUCGCCAUCUGGGACAUGGGCGACCUCCAAGGCGGCAAGCCCACAGUCACAGGUGUGAGUUUCCCCGAGGGCGGCGCGCUCUUCCGGUGGUGCCCGACCUACCCCGAGUAUUUCGCCAUCGCGAGCAGCUCGCCCGCAAAAGGCGCUGCCAUACACCUUCACAACGCCAACUACAUCAACGCCGUACCAACCGUUCUGGGUAUCGCGCCCCAUCCGCUGCAUGUGCGGACGUUUGACUGGCUCGCGGAGAAGGGUAUCCCGAGGAUAGCCGCAGGGGUAGGGAGAGAGGUUAUUAUAUUUUACAUUGGAACCGAGUGAUGUGUACAAGGUUCGGCUACAUUGCAUGAAUAUUGCACGUAUGAUGAUGAGAUAUACCCGGAUAU